UAAGGUCUUACGGAGAUGCACCAAAAAUAGUUCUGGUGUUGUUCGAAUGAGUAAAAACAAUUUAUCAGGAAUAUUCAUAGCAACAAAUCGAUGUCAUCACAGGACGAUCUCAAGACGUGGCAGCGGUGCCGCGUGUGCGGGGAGGCCGCCGCGGGCUUCCACUUCGGUGCCUUCACCUGCGAGGGCUGCAAGUCGUUCUUCGGCCGGACGCACGUGAACGGCGCGGCGUCGCUGGGCGAGUGUCGCAACGGCGGCCGCUGCGUCGUGACGCGCAAGACGCGCACGGCCUGCAAGACCUGCCGUCUUCGUCGGUGCCUGCAGGCGGGCAUGUCGCGCAGCAGCAGCCGAUACGGCAGGAGAUCGAACUGGUUCAAGAUCCACUACCUACAACAAGGACAAGAAAAAGACCCCCGCGUGCAGGAGGUCGACCACAAAAGACACGAUGAAGCUUCUCGGGUCCUCGCUACGAGCAGCGACAGCACUACCACUACCGGCACUUGUGGCACUGACGCCAACAAAUGUCGAAGCAACAGCAAUGACAAGGCAAGAGAGUGA